AUGACGUUGGAGGAGGCUCUAAGAAAUUCUGUUCAGUCUGCUAGCGGUUCUACGGCAAGAGAAGCAGCCGGGAAUGCGGAACGCGAGAGUUAUGGAGGCUCGCAGAAGGAUAGCGGAUCCGCCGCCGUGAUUCCCGCUGAAGCAGCAGCGGAAGUUGCGAUGAGCGGCUCGAGCGUGAGAAACGCGGGGCUUUCAAGUAAAGACAUGUGCCUGCUCCGACUCCUAGCAGGCUCAAUGUUUUUCGAUCAGUUCAACGUCAGCUCAAUCGCGCCGCUCCUCCCAUCCUUCGCCAAACUUUUCCACCUGCCCGAAACUUCCUCAACACUUCUCCUCGCGGGCCGGUCCACAGCCGCCAUUCUCUUCGCGCUGCCCGCCUGCCCGCUGCUCUCGUGCGUCACUGCGUUCUGCGGCCUAACGGUCACUUUGCUGCUCUACGCCGCGACGCUCGUGCUGCUCGCGUACCCCGCGGGCCCGCUAUGGCUCGCGGGCGCGCUCAUGCUGCAGGGGAUAUGCACGCAGCUUGUGCGCGCCGGCGCUCUUUCGUUCGCCACGCACGCGCACAGCCCUUCCGCUUCCUCUUCCGCUUCCGCUUCCGCUUCCGCCUCCGCCUCCGCCUCCCCCGCUUCCUCCGCCUCCGCAGCCGCCUCCGCAAAGAAAGAGCUUCCGCAGGUGCUUCCGGGGGAAGAUGGCGCACUCUCCCCGCAUCCCUCGGACCUCGUUCCCGCGCUAGCCGCCGCGCCCGACACCGCAGGGGGGAAACCAGGAACCGCCACGUCAGCAUCAUCCGCGCAGCAGGAAAAAUCUUCCGCCGCCGAAGCGCCGAAGACCGCGGCGGCCGCGUUAGGCGGGCGGGAGCUGCUAUUCGGCGCGGUCGCGAUGCUGUUCGCGUGGGCGGCGGUGGGCUCAGUCGCUGGCCCCGUUACAAUGACAUUCCUUUUCCAGUACGGGUCUCCGUCCCUCCCGUUUCUCUUCUCCCUCGGGAUUGACGCGGCGCUGCUGUUCCUCCUCCUAUUCGUCCUCCCCUGCUGCUGCGGCGGCAGGCGCCGCAAUAAAGUCGCUGACGUGGAAAGUGUAGCUUCUGCUGUAGCUGCUGCGAAGGCGAAUGGCGGUUCGGGAGGAGCUUAUAUCGGGUACGGCGGAGAUCGGGACAAUAUCGAGUACAAUGGUGCUAUAGGAGGGGGUAAUAUACCGGAAGUGCCAUUAACGGAUAGCUUGCCGACGUGGCAGCUACAGGUGUCGGAGCAAGAACGCCCCGUCGUGUACCGAGGCGCUCCCAUCUUCGCCAUUCCUUCCAGAAGCUCCUCCCUCACACGCUCCACGUCAGCACGGUCCUCAUCCAGGUCAGCGGCGGCGGACGUGCCGCUUUCCCCCCUGGGAUCCACGGAAAGAGGGCAUGUGGAAAUUGGGGUUCUAGGCCUGGGAGGCCUAGAACGGGGCUUGGGACAGCAGCAGCAGCAACAGAUGGAGCAAAACGAGGAGCAACCGCAACAGUUGAUUGCCCCAUCAGCAAAGGUCCAAGCGUGGCAGGAGCAGCAGCUGCAGCACCACCAGAAGCAGAAGAAAAAACACACCCACCAACCCCCCACAACCCACAACUCCAUCCAACAAACCCCAGCCGUCGAUCACACCAAGCCCAAGCACCACCGCCCGAAUCAACGGCUGUCAGCGCUCCGUCUCUUCGCAACCAUGCUCACAGACAGCACCACGGCCACUCUGCUCGCCCUAACCUUCCUGCAAACCCUCUCCAACGGUCUCCUAGAGGUCACCGUCUCCUUCUUUCUAGAUAACACCUGCGACCACUCCCCUUCCGAGAUCGGCAUUUCCAUGGGAAUCAACGGUGCUUCUUACGCGCUCUUCUCUCUCCUCUUCGGUGGUUUCCUGAUCCGGAAACUCGGACCCCCGGCUACAAUCACGCUCGGGGCUGCCAUGCUCGCCGCGACGCUCCCUCUCCUGGUCAUCCCAGGGGUUUCCUGCCAGCUGCACGUUUUAUACCCGUUAAUAGCUCUCACAGGAGUGGCGUACUCGUUAGUGGAAUUCCCCAGCCUGCCGUGUAUAAUCCAGGCGCUGGACAAGCGGGCGGCAGCAGGGGAAGGCUCAUCUGACGUGGCGCUUGCAGUGGGGAUGUUCAAUUUGGCGUAUACUGCGGGGUAUGCAUCAGGACCGCUGCUGUCGGCGCUGCUGGGUGUGUGGCUCAAGGCCUGGCAAAAAAUGGCGGUUAUAUCGGGUGCGUUCGUGUUGCUGCUGCCGUUCCUCUGCUGCAUGCGGAGAUGA